UAAUCAGUAAUUUAUUCAUCAUAACGUGCAAAUUGAAGGAUAUGUAUGCUCGCUUGAUAAAGUAGUUUGUUUUUCUCUAGACAAGUAGCGGCAGAAAGAGGUCGCAUUUAUUUCAAUCAAUGUAAAUAGCUUAUCCAAAUGUUGUAUAUAUCAGUAGAAGAGUCUACAGCCCGAUCAUGCGACGAUCGUUGAAGCGGUCGAUUCAAGCUUUGCAAAGCUCUCAGCUGAUAGCGAAUAGAUCGUCUUCGGACUACUGUCGUUCACAAUGAAUCUAUUGUACAGCAUGUAGCGUUUGUUUACAAUCACACAACACGACAUCGUAAUUUCGAUCUGAUAUUUUCAAAUGCUCUCUGCAUUUACACGCGAUAAGCUAAGGAUUUUCCAUCACAGUAUUCAAUUGUUUACCCCCACCCACGCGUGGUAAACUCCUAGAACUUUAGCAGCCGUGAUACUAUCGUCCGUUACCAUUGGUUGACGAGUCAAGUGUCUCGAGGGUAUCAGGGGUGUAGAAUUCGUAAACGCAGCUCUCAGUCUCCACAUAGCUGAGCUCGCUGACACUAUACUAUGCUUUCUAGCAUUCCUUGGUUGCUAGACUGAAAACUGCGGAGAAAUAUGAUCUACAUCUGGGGGCUGCCGCACUUCUGGUCGUACGUCCUCCUGUCUACAGAAGCAAACUAUUGCACACCUGACUUUCCAGUUCCUUCAGAAAAGCAGAAAAGGAAGUUCUCUAAAAACAGCAAUGAGAUGUAGACUGCUCUCAGCGAAUCAGUCCAAUUAAAUCAACCCUGUCCAUCUUCGCUGAUUCUGGUAACUGAGUUUCUUAAAAACCACAGCAAUAUGCAAACCUUUAAACGACAUCAGGAUCACGGACAGAGCUGCGAUAAUCAGCAGCAUAGUCAACUACACUACCUACUGUCACAUCCGACGCCCGUAAUUCAGUCCGUGAUCAACAACAACUGUAUGCCAACUGAACACCGCGUGUCGACCAAACGAGGACAACAAGAGCAACAACAGCAUCAGCUGCGACAUCAGCUGCCACUGACACCUAUAGCCGAGCUCUGCAGAAGCAACGACAAAGUAAAGCGCCAAAAAAUGCAAGAGAAGCAUCAACAGAGUCAUGUCGAUAAGCAGAGUGGAGAACAGCCUUGUAUGUUGUCAGCGAUGGCCAUGACCGAGGUCCCUAAAUACCACAACGACUUUGAAAAUUUUCCACGUGAGCCAGUCCAGCAACAGCAUCUACAGGACCAAAGUAGGAUUAUCACGUUCGAGGAGGAAGUCAAAGCAACGACAAAUCAAACUGCCAUCAGCAAUAAGCUAAUGCAAGACCAGAAGCAACAGCUGCAAAAAGCUACGCAGCGCCGUAUACUGCAACCCUUGCUCAUAACCGAUAUUCUGGCCAGUAUGCCACCUCUGCCACCGGAGAAAGACGUGACACCCGGAAUCAUACCAAUUUUACUGAAAAAGUCCACGAUAGCUAUGUCGGUCGCGGACAAGUGCCGACUUUCAGCGGACGCGAGCAAAAUACCACCUCCUCGAGUGCCUUUUUGGAAUGAUGUUAACCGCAAAAGUGAACAACCGGCUACAAAGGCUAUUUGAGAACAAGGCUUAUGCUAUGUGUUUUAAGAUUUUUAAGAGCGCGGAUUUUACGUAGAUUUAAGGUCGAGAAGUGCUUUCCACUCUGGAUAAGCUACUUCUCUGUGACCCCGCCAUUUCGGUGUAUUUGUGAAUAUGGCUCCUAUUGUUUUAUUCUCGCGAAUAGCCCAUAUUUUUAUUUUAUAUUCUUGACCGUCUAUAUUCAUAUGAAGCGCGAGAGUAUAAUAGCACAUUGUGCUCGCUUUCGGGAUUAUUUUUUGUACAAAAAUUUUAAACGACGCUCAGUGUUUGUCAGUGACAAAACAAACAAUUCUUGUUCCUCGUUUGACGCAUUCGUCAUUAGCCGUAAGAUUAUUGGGGCUUCGACGUACGUGAAUUUUCCUGGAAAAAUCAUAAAUAUCAUAUGCUAAUAUAUAUAUAAUAUCAUAUAAUAUUUAUGGCUUAUAUAAGCCAUUUCCAAUCUGUAAACACGUAUCACUCGAAGCUCGUACAUGCAGUCGAGUAGUUGUCAAAGUGUGCGUGUCGCAAAGUUAACAGUCGUCUCUCGAUAUGGAAAUUCAAUUGUCCGAACACAGAGCAAAUUGUUUUAUUAAAAGUAUCUCUAUGAAAAAUACAUUCAUAUAAAUACACGAAAAAUUCUCCCAGCAAA